AUGAAUCUGAGUGUCAUGGGAGGCUUAGAGGACACCUCCGUCAAGAAACCAGGCAGGAACUUCACUGCCUUUCUCAAACAAGAAGAGAACAGCAACAUGAAAUUCAACCUAGAUAUGAUACUAAUUCUGUGUGCAUGUGGCCUCUUUCAGAUCUCUCUUUGCACAAUGUAUCACCCCAGUGUCCUGUUUGCUGCUAUUCUGCUCUUCCUGAUCCCUGUGACAAGUUCAUUGAAGGAUGAAGCUUCAUUGAGGAAACAACUCAGCGAAGUUACCAACUUACACUUGGUCAAUAAUACCUUUGCAAUUCGAAACUGGAGGCAAGUUGUGGAAAGAAAAGCCAUCCGCUACAUGCGAGACUGUGAUGAAAUGUUCCAGACUGGCCACACGAAGAGUGGCCUUUACAUCAUACAGCCGGAAAACACCCGCAAACUUGUGGUCCAGUGUUACAUGGAUGGAUGCAACGGGUGGACAGUGAUCCAGCGUAACAUCCAAGACACUGAAAUAACAUGGUCAGAGACCUGGACGACCUACAAAUAUGGGUUCGGUAACUUGGAGGGAGAGCAUUGGCUAGGCAAUGAGUAUAUCAGUUUAAUUACCGAGCAGAAAUGGUACAAAGUCAGAAUAAACCUAGUCGAUGCUUCUGGCAACCAUAAGUAUGCUGAAUAUGAUAGCUUUGCCUUGCGAAAUGAAAAAGGUAAUUACAGGCUGAUGUUGGGGUCCUACGAAGGUAAUGCCGGAGAUGCUCUCAGUUCUUCCCUGACCAAAAACAUGCACGACAACAUGCAGUUCUCUUGUAAAGAUAAGGACAACGACCGAUCGACCUUAGAAAACUGCGCAAGUGUCCAUGGAGGGGGGUGGUGGUAUGACUCCUGCUAUGAUGCACAGCUGAACAGCAAGGGUCAUAUUCACUGGAGCACUUUAUGUGAUGGGGACUGUAAAAAGUCAGAGAUCCUGCUGAAGCCCAUCCACAUGUACUGCAAUAGGGUUUAG